GGCAGACAGACAUAUCAUCUCCUCAGCAGAACAAAGACCCUCCUCUUCUACUCUCCUCUCCUCUUCCUCCCCCCCACAAGUUUCGUUGCUCUCUCUCUCUCGAAUGGAAAUGCUCGCUUCACAUCUAUAGCUUUUUUUUCGAGUUUUGUCUUGGAAUUGUUUUUGUCCCCAUUUGAUUAGUCCCUCUUAACUCUUAACUACUACCUGCUCUCCACACCACUCCGAAACUCAACCCUCCCCACCAACCAACUCGCCUCCCAACGGCCAAAAAAUUGAUGACUUAACGAGACACACGACACAAAAUCAGAAUACCGCCGCCUGUUGGGCAAGAGAUACCCUUGUGUGGAACCCAGCCGUGAUGAGUUCCCACAGCGCGGAGUCGCUCAAUUGCUUUUCCUUGCUCUCGGACAAGAUUCCCUCCUGGAUCUCUCGAGUCUCCGAGCUCGCCGUCCACACCGCCGCAAAGCAGGAAGAAUUCAAGUGCGACUACAUCAAGUACUCAGUCACGGAGAAACGGCCGCGAAGACGGAAAGGCAGCUCCCUCCACACCCACAGGCCCGAGGAUGAAGAAGAGUCGGGGUGCAAAGCCCGCGUGCCGUCCGAUCCACACGAUCCGUGCUUGGAGCCCCUUACCCGUAUGAAGAUAUUAAAGCAGUCCGGCGGAGAUGUUAAUAAUAAUAUUAAUCGGAAGCGCCGCACGGGCGAAGACGCCAGCGGCCCCUCUGAUCAAGAAACGGAGCGGGCGAUCAGACCUCGCCAUCAGUUCCUCAUCCACUACGAUUGUCAUUCCCAGGCGGUCCUGGAGAAACUAGUACGCGAGAUCGGUGGGGCGAGAAAUCAAAUACGGAAAAGCAGGAUGAGCUACAUGAUGAAGUCCGGGUUUGGGCGGAAAUCGGUGCAACCAGGCUUCUCGUCCGAUGACGGAAUGAAGCCCAUUUUCAGAAGCACCAGGAGCUUUAACAAAUCCGCAGGAAAGGAGUCACCGUUCGAUGUUGCCGAUAUUCACUUGGAGUCUGCGCAGGCCUUGUGUGAGACGGCUGCGCACCAGUUCCUACGGAACGGCGAUUGUUCGUUCGAGUUGAGUAGAACUAAAGAGAAACUCGACCUGGCUCUUGACGUGGCAAAGGUCGAGGUCGAGCGAUCGUCGGAGGCGGUCAAGAUUGAAGAAGCAGAGGCGGAGGCGGAAGCAAUGGCCAAGGAGGGAGAAAAUCAACGCGAAGCCGAACUGCUGCCAGCAGAGCAAAAGAUUGAAAAGGACGGAAAGGGCGCGGAUGGACCACCGACUGCUAUAGAGGUUGAUGAUGCAUCCGAUAAUUCUUCUAUAUCCAUCGACAUUACGGCAUUCCGAUCAUCCAGGUUGAGAAGAUGAUUGAAGAUAAAAAUAUCGUUUGGCAUAUUCUGAAAGUUUUACGGCCGGCAGAGUUUUUGAUAUAUAAAAAACUUUCUUGAUAUCCCCGGAUA